AUGAAGAGGCGAGCCUUCUUAGCAGCGGCAGCUGGCUUAGCGGCGGCGGCCUUCUUCGGUGCGGCUUUUUUGGCUGGAGACUUGGCGGCCUUCUUAGCAACUGGCUUCGAGACCUUCUUUGGUGCCUUGGCCUUCUUCUCUCCGGCGGCCUUCUUUGGCUUGGCGGCUGCUGGCUUCUUGGUCUUCUUCUCUCCAGUGGCUGCGGCCUUCUUUGCUGCUGGCUUCUUGGCGGCUGGCUUCUUGGCCUUCUUCUCUCCAGUGGAGGCCUUCUUCUCGGCGGCUGGCUUCUUGGCGGCGGCGGCGGCCUUCUCGGCGACACGGAAACGUCCGUUGGCUCCGGCUCCGGCGGCUUGA